UACUACAUAUACUAAGGUAUAAGUUACCCAUUUAGAAAUUGCAAAUGCCAAGUAAUUUCCCAUACGAAAAGUCGUGGAAAAAGUCUGUUUACGUGACAACCUUCAAAGACCAAAAUUCAUACUCACCAAACAACUUUGCAAUCCCUUUUUUACCCAUAAAAUCCCGCGUCAACUAGGGCGGUCUGCCGUCUCUUUGUGCACUCCCAUCUCUCUUAUUAAGUCCAAACUUCAACUACGAAACUUUCUUUGAACUUUCCUUCUUUCUUAUUAAACCCAUUUUCUUCUCUCUCUCCCCUCCAUUACAAUAACAACUCCACAUUUUCUGUAUCUGUUAACCAAAACAAUGGCGAAUGAUAAUCAACAUGUUCCUGACACUUACGUGUCGGAACCAAAAGGUUACGCACUUAGCGGUCGGAUCAUGCUAAGCGCCAUCAUCAUCCUCUUUGCCGUCGUCGUAAUUAUGGUCUGUCUCCACGUCUACGCUCGUUGGUACAUCUUACGCACGCGUCGUCGUCAGAUCCGACGCGCCCGUCGGCGUACUCACCUUGUAUUCUACAUCGAGCCCGAUAAUCCCGCCAACAUUGUCGCUUCCUCCACGCGCGGCCUAGACGCGGACGUGCUUAAAUCCCUUCCCACCUUCGCGUUUGCUAAAGCGGGAGGAGCUAAUGAUGAUGAUGAGGAGGUAGUAGAAUGCGCCGUAUGUUUAUCGGAAUUUGAGGAAAAAGAGCAGGGGCGCAUGUUGCCCAAAUGCAAGCAUUGUUUUCACGUCGAGUGCAUUGACAUGUGGUUCCAUUCUCACUCCACGUGUCCCCUCUGUCGAUCCCCCGUCGACGCCGCCGAUGUUCCUCCGAUCACGGCGGUUUCCUCGGCGGCGGAUGAGGUUGUCGUCGAGUUGUCUGAGUUGACUCAGAGUCAACUCGCUACUGUGCCCGAGUUGGGCCAGGGUGCGAGGCCGAGUGAGGGUGAGUCCACCACCGCAGGCUCACUAGGAUCGUCAUCUUCAUCGUCGUCAUUGGUUGGGAGGAGGAAAGGGUUGGAUUUGGUGGGUGUGUCGAUUGAGGUGCCGAGGCGAAGCCAGAGCUUUUGUUUCCCGGGGUCGAACUCGGACGAGUGCGGACCGAGUCGGUCCCCGGGUCACGGGUUUAAAUCGCCAACGAGUCGGAUACUUUCACUGAAGAGGAUAUUGAGUAGGGAAAAACGGUCGCCAUUGCCCUCGCCUUCGGGUGCCGGGUCGAGUCGUUUCGAGUUGGAUAUCGAGUCGGGGCGAGUUGACACAUCGAGUCAAGUUUUGACACCAAGGUGAAAGGGAUAACGAUGAUUAAAUUGGUAAUUGUCCUAUAUUUAGGAAUAUAUUUAAUAUCUAACAAAACCCUUUUGAGUGUGGGGGAAAAAAAGGCGAAAUUUUGGGGAACGGUUCGGUGACGCGACGGCGGUAAUAGAGAGAGUCGUUGGAAUGUUGAAACAUUCGGCGUAAGUUGGCAGAAAAGUCGUGCAUACCUCAACCUUGAUGUGUGAGCUCUUAGACACGUGUCAGUGGGCCCACUUCAUGGAGAGAGAGUAGUCAUAUUAGUCAGUCAUGUUCCCAUGUUCACGCACACUUUUGAAGACCCAACUACAAAUCUUUGACUAUGUAAAUUAUCAAUUGAUGCAAUUUCUUCAAAUCUUCAUAUCUUUUCAUAUUGUGAAAUGUGAAUAUUCUUGUGUAAAUUAAGGUUGCUUUAAUAUUUGGUCUACAAAACAUCACAAACAUAUGUGUCAAGUGCAUUUAGAGUGGAAAAGUUACUGAUGCCAAUACUAAUUUAUUGAUAAUUACUGUUUCUUUGUUA